AUGACGAUAGCCGCACCAAAGGACUCCUCUCGACACUUCUUUGCAUUCUCUCUGCGGUCAACUUGGAUUCGGCCUUGGAUCCUCGCCUUCUCGCCCAGCACCUUCUCCCUGUCACCAAAGCCUCUGAGUAUCCGCGUGAAGCUUGCUUCUCCCACAGCCUUCCAAGAGCCGUCUAAUUCGCCUCCGCAAACGAGACAUUCGUUUUCCGAUCCUGCGCUUUUGCCUCUCACUCACUGGCACACUCUCUUGCCGACCGAUCGCGGCUCCCCUCUCCCCGCUUUCCUCGUCCUCAUCGCAUCCCAAGUCUCACACAUCAUCGAUCAUCGUUGCGCCUACCUAAGACAUAUCUCAGUCGUCGCCGAAUUGUUUGGAUCGCUGGCUUGGAAGGAGAAGCCCGGACUUGGGGGGUGGACGCAUAAUUCUACCCGCAAGAUGGGCUCGUGUCUGAGCUCGGAGUCGUCGGGAGAUGCGGAACAGAAGAAGAGAAGCCAGAUGAUUGAUCGGAGGCUCGAAGAAGAUCAACGGCGGCUGCGAAGGGAAUGCAAGAUCCUUCUUUUAGGGUCGGGCGAAAGUGGCAAGUCUACGAUCGUGAAACAGAUGAAGAUCAUUCAUCAAAACGGCUACACUGUGGAAGAGCUGGCUCUGUACAGGUUAACCGUGUACAAGAAUCUGAUUGAUUGCGCAAAGGCACUGAUCGAUGGCUAUCGCCAUUUCCAAUUGGAGCCGUCCAGUCAAAAAGUGAAGGACUACAUGGUCGUACUCGAAGAAUACCAAGUCGACACAGACCCCAAUACUCCCUUGGAUGGGACCAUCGGAGACGCCAUCACAUAUCUCUGGAAUGAUCCUUGUACUUCCACCGUGCUCGAACGACAGAACGAAUUCUAUCUUAUGGAUUCUGCGCCCUAUUUCUUUGACGAGGCCAAGCGAAUCACAGCCCCGGACUACAUUCCCAAUGUGUCCGACGUCCUUCGAGCCCGUACCAAGACAACUGGUAUCUAUGAGACGCGAUUUACCAUGGGUCAAUUGAGCAUACACAUGUUCGACGUUGGUGGGCAGCGCAGCGAGCGAAAGAAGUGGAUUCAUUGCUUCGAGAAUGUAACAUCCAUCAUCUUCUGUGUCGCCUUGAGCGAAUACGAUCAGACGUUAUUAGAGGAGAGCAAUCAGAAUCGAAUGAUGGAGAGUCUCGUGCUCUUUGACUCGGUGGUGAACUCUCGGUGGUUCAUGCGAACGAGUAUCAUUCUUUUCCUCAAUAAGGUCGAUUUGUUUCGCCAAAAGCUGCCACGUUCGCCGCUCAGCAAUUACUUCCCCGACUAUUCAGGGGGUAAUGAUGUGAAUCGCGCGGCUAAGUAUCUUCUCUGGCGAUUCAACCAGGUGAAUCGUGCUCACCUGAAUCUGUAUCCUCACCUGACGCAAGCUACCGACACGACCAAUAUUCGGUUAGUCUUUGCCGCAGUGAAGGAGACGAUUCUGCAGAAUGCGCUGAAAGACUCGGGCAUUCUAUGA